AUGAAGGAACUUCGGUGGAUUUCUUGCUCUGAAUAUCAAGCAACUUCAUUGCCAGGAAAUUUUCGAUCAACGAACCUAUUUUAUCUAGGGUUGGAAUUUAGCUCGCUAAAGCAACUUUGGAAGGGUUAUAAGCAUCUGCCAAAUUUGAAAGUGCUCAACCUCAGUUGUUCCGAACACCUUAUCAGGACACCAGAUUUUGACGGACUUCCAUGUCUUGAAAGAAUAAAACUCAACCAUUGUGUCAAUUUAACAGAUGUUCAUCCAUCAAUUGGAUAUCAUGAAAGGCUUAUUUUUGUGGAUAUGGGAUCUUGUACCCGCCUUAAAAAGUUUCCACCCAUCAUAGGGAUGAAAAAGUUGGAGACUCUUAUUCUCUCUUGGUGCCUUCAACUUUGCAUGUUUCCGGAGAUCCAAACGAACAUGGAUAACAUGGUAGAGCUUUCUUUGGACAGAACUGGAAUAAAAGKUGUACCCUCGUCAUUCGGAAAGUAUUGUACCAACCUUCUUUCUCUUGAUUUGGGAUAUUGCAUAAUUCUAGAGAGUAUUGAAGGCAACUUCCAUCACUUAAAACAUUUGAAAAAGUUUUCUAUCGCUGGAUGUAAAAAGCUUAAGAUACCACCAGAGGGCCUCUUUGAUGUAACUUGUUGUUUAGAGGUGCUUGCUUUAAGUCUUACAUCCUUCAAGAAUCUUCACCCAGGCAUCGUAAGCAUGAAGUUUCUUGGUUUUCCACCUUCCUUAAGAAGGUUGCGUCUUGUCUCGUGCGAUUGGAUAAAUGGAGACAUCUCAUCUGUUUUUUGCGAGUUAUCCAACCUACAAGUAUUAAAUCUACAAGAAAAUAAUUUUUCACGAUUGCGUCGCAACCUCUUGCAACUUUGUAGUCUCAAGGUCCUCAACCUGUCAUAUUGCUGUGACCUUAUAGAAUUACCAGAUCUCCCAUCAAGCAUAGCUGUUCUCCAAGCAUAUGGGUGCGAAAAGCUUAAACUUGUAGAUCUUCCAACAGAUCUUAAAUGGUUGUGGAGAAUCDCACUUCCAAUGAAUUGUAUAUUGGGUGAUGUGGAGAGAAAAGUACAAUCCAUGCUUCAGGGAAAUUCCAUUUAUGAUAACUCCAUCAGUCUCUCUUUCCAUGGUGAUAACAUUCGAUUAGAAGACUUUCCAAGGAGAAGAUUGAUGUUAGAGCUUCCAAGGAACUGGUACAACGAAUUCAGUGGAUUCUUAAUAUGCUUUAAACUUAAAGAGAUGUUUGGCAACUUAUAUAAUGUAAUUACUAUCGAGGACGUAAUGGGUAGGGAAAAUGAAGAUGUUUUGGAGGUGUCUGAUGAUGAAGCUUUCAAGUGGAUACGGGGUAAGGGUGACGUAUACAGGUGCUAUAUAUAUAUAUCCUGCAGUUCAUUGAGGCAUACCUCAUGGUGGAAGUCAACACACACUACCAUUUCAUUUUCCAUACAAAGAGGUACUUGCGUAAAAGUCGAACUUGUUCCUAGAAGUAAAGGUGAUCCAAUAGAAAGAGUCAAACAUACAACAAAUUCCUUUGAGUUUUGGGACGAAGAACCUAUUAAGAUCACACAUGAUUCAAAAUCUUGCAUCGAGAUUAACUGGCGGCAUCGUAAUGUGGAUUACCUAACCGAGGACAAGUGCUAGUUUU